CUCCUGCUCCAUCUCUCUAUGUCGAUAGAUUUCUGCAUUCCUGCUAAUUCACCGUGAGAAUCGCCUUCUCUAGGGAAUUCCUUUGGCUUUGCCUGUUAUCUUUUUGAUUUCGAAAGUCUGGUUAUUGGGAAUUGGGAUCUUGAACGCGUCCAGUUUGCCCGUCGGAGGUUUUUUUUUUCCCGGAUGUUGUGUUUGUGAUUUACCGGGCCUGGUUAAUUUUCAUGUCUACAUCGUGAGCUCAACGAAAUCAUGAAAAUAUUUGCGAUUUAGGAUUUUGUUGCUUUGAAUUUGUGGCUAAUUGUUGCAUGCGCGAUUCAUUUUGAAUUAUUAUGCCUUAGGCCGUGUGCGUCUGUUGUUCUCUUAAUUGGCUCAUUAAUGGUUAUUACAACGAGUGUUUUAGUAGGUAUGGAGUCAGUGUCAUUUAUAUCCUCUUGGGCGUGAUUGUUGUUUGUAGCCUUUCAAUUUCUAUUAGGAUAUCAUUUUUGAUUUCUCUGACAAACCAUUAUGUUGAAUCGCAACACCUAAUCGCGUUUUAGAUUUUGAUCAUAGAAUGAGCAGUGUUCAACAAUGAUUGAACAGUGGUGGGGAUUUUUUUCGCAAGAAUUCUGAAUGACUUGUAUCCUCAUCUGCAACAAUUUGUUUAUUAUUAUAGUUAUUAGAAUUGGUAUUAUGUAAUUUGAAAAGUCUAAAUAUGGUAAUUAUUUAGGAAAAAUUUUAGUUUUUUGCUGGUAAAUCUCUUUAGAUAAAGUCCAAACUUAAUGCAAAAUGUAGAGAAUAAGUACUAUAAGACUUUGGAGGGUCUUUCACAAUAUUGCUCAGGCAACUAAAUUAAGACUAAUAGCAUCUAGUAAUUUUAUGAAAAGAUUGCACUGGUAUGUGCUUUCUGCUGUGAAAGCACGAAGGGUUAGACUUCUGGUUCAUGUUAUACAUCUAGUUUUAUGUUAAAUGAAAACAUAUUUCAGUAGCUCUGAAUAUGCAAUUUGAAAAUAGAAUAGUUCCAUUGAACGCCUUAGUAUGUGAAUGGGUUUGCUACAUUUUGGGACUAUGCAGUCUUGCUUUUGUUCCUAUUUACCGACACGAAUGAUUGAAGUAUGGGCUGAUGAAAUUGGUUUUACUGGCCCAUGUCUAUUAACAGCAUCUGUCAGGAAAAAGUGCCUGCACAUUUGUCUGGUUUUAUCACUCAUCAUUAUGUUUGGCUAGACUUUCUCAACUUUAAUUGCUUUGUUGAAUCUAGAGUAGAGGUUUUAUAGCGUGUAGGAUAUGCUUGUAGCUGAUUGUGUUUGUUUUUCCCCAUACAUGAAAUGACUAUUUUGACAUCCUUGUUGUGAAACUUGGUGUAAGUUUGAAGGGACAUGAUAAUCACACGAGAGUUCUUGACAUAUUUUCCAACAAUUGUUAAGUUAUAUUAACAGUUUGAAUGUGUGUAAACACCAUAUGAUGAGUGAUGCAAGGAAGUCUCUCCGUUGUUUCCGCUUAUAUGUGGAGGGAGAGUGGUGUGUGUGAGAUUGGUAUUGCUGAGAUGAAUCUUGCUUGUUCAAUAUGUGUUUCGCUGCACCUUGAGUUGGGAAUUCUGGUAGCUAUAGAGUAAGAUACGGAAACUAGCACAGGCAGUAUUAUUGGUUUUCAAAAUUAUUAAUGGAAUACAAGGUUGCAAUUGUUUCUGAGCAAUUACGUGAGAGGAUAAUGUAUUUUGAGUUUAUUCAAGUGAAGGGUGAAUCUUGCUGCAGUGGUACAGUUGCUUCAUUGCAAUGUACUGGUUCUAACCAGGGAAGCAACCUUUUUUUCAAGAUGAGCACUCCUCAAAUGCAGGAGCCUUGUGCACAGGGAAUAUUUUUUUUUUCAGAGAAAUGUCUCCAGCAUCCAGGUCUAAGCCCAAGGACAAAAAGGCUGGCAAGGACGCACAGAAGGCAUCUUCAAAGCCUUCUAGUACUCCUAAUGCAGGUAGUGGUGUACCAGCUAGUGCAUACAAUCCACAUUUAGGAACGUUUCAUGCCCUUGAAACAGCGCCAGGAUCCUCUGCUUCACCUCUACAUGCUAAUGGUCGUUUCCGCAACAUAGAUGAAACAGAAGAGCCAUAUGGGAGCUCACUUGGAGCCGGGGCUGAAUAUGAUUCUGUUUCCAACAAUGGUAGUUGGUCAGGGGAGUCAGAAGAUCACAAAGAGAAAUCAUCUAAUCCUCCCGCAAGGCAGGAAGUAAUACCAGGGGCUGAUGGUGACAAGCGGGAGAAAAUCCGCCAGAAGAAUGAGAAGAAGCAUCAGCGCCAGAAGGAGAGGCGUGCCCAAGAAUUGCAUGAGCGAUGCAGUGGCUAUCUCAUGUCAAGAAAACUGGAAAAACUUGCUCAACAGCUUGUAUCAAUGGGAUUUCCUCACGAGCGAGCAACUAUGGCGCUGAUAUUCAAUGAAGGCAAAGUAGAGCAAUCUAUUGCUUGGAUCCUUGAAGAAGGUGAAGAAGCAGAUAAGCACCGGGAUCAUAAUCUUGGUGGGGGUAAUUUGAAAAUUGAUAUAUCAGAAGAGCUUUCCCAGAUUGCAAAUUUGGAGAUGAUAUUCAAGUGCACAAAGCAAGAGGUUGAAAGAGCUGUCAUUACAUGCGAAGGUGAUCUUGAGAAGGCAGAAGAGUACAUGAGAACACUGAAGCACGAUGCACGUUCUGCUCCAGCGAAGCCUGAAGAAAGUGGCGAUCCUCCGACUCUUAGCAAUGGUAAGGUUUCUGUAGCAGUUAGCCAGAGUGCAGUGAGGCUGCAAACAAAACCCAAUUUAUUUGCUACAAUUCAACAGAGAAGAGAUGAAAAGGAAAACCAUGCAAAAACAGCAGGCUUAGUUGGAGUAUCCUCAGAACCAGGAAGUAAAAGUGUGCAACCUUUGAAGAGAAUUCAACCGAAGUUGGAGUGGGCAAAACAGCAGCAGAUUGCUGUGCCUACUGAGAAAAGGUGGCCAACUGCUGGAUCAAAUCCUUCUGCAUCUUACUCUUUGGCAUCAUCUUUGCAGGUGUCACCUCCGCCAGCCAAUGCUGAAACUCGUUAUGUGGCUGUUGGUAAUGAAUACAAAAACCUUCAACCUGGAACAGUUAGGGAACCAGUUAUUAUGAUGCAACGACCUCAAUCUGUAAAUACAAAGCAGGUUUUGGCCACCAGCAUAAGUUCAUCGCCUCCUGAGUCGGCUGCAAGUUGGCAUCCUACUAACAGUGUUGAAAUUAUGAAGUCCAGUGGGUUGAUGCCUAAUAUUCCUACUUCAAGAAGCCUCAGCCCGAGCAAUUUGAACUCUCAUCAGUUUUAUCCGCAACACCAUCAUCAACAACAGCAACAUUUUGUUCCUAGCAGUGGGCCAGGAGAUUUGUCUGGAGCCAGCCGAGGAAAUGGUUUAUGGAGUAGAACGGGUACAUCCCCUACUCUUGCUCCUGCCUCCUCACUUGGCCUCUUCUCUGGGUUGGGUUCUACUGGUUCUUCAGGUGCGUCUUCUCCUGUUGACUGGAGCACACCUGGCUCAAUGGCGCACUUCGAUUACAACAACAUAGACUGGAGCUUGAAUCGAGGAGGGGGGUUGUCUUCACAGGGUCCUAGGGGUUUGUGGCUUGGAACAGGAACCAUGAGCAACAGAACUCACUUAUAUGAUUCCAAUGCUUCUGGAAUGGCUGCCAAUAUGGCUAUGAGAUCGGUUCCUAAUGGGAAUAGAAUACCCGUAGCAGGAUUGCAAGAUGGUGGAGCCUCUGCUGCUGAGGCACCCUCUGCUAGUUCCAGAGAGUGGACUUCACCAUUUGAAGGGAAAGAUCUUUUUAGCAUACCAAGGCAGUUUGUUUCUUCUCCUUCUCUGUAGGGUGGGUGGGUAAAAUUUCAGUUAAUAAUAUGAAAAAAAGAACUUGAAAGUGCUUGGAUUUGAUGUUCUGUUGGUUCCUAUGUUGCUUAUGAUUUGGUCCA